AUGGAAAAACUCGAUCAAGACAUCUUGGAGGCUACUAAGAGCAUACCGCCAGAGCCAGAAAAAGAUGAAGCUGGAGGAAGGUCUCUUGAAAAGCUGGCAGACUUACUAAUAGCCCGGUAUCAGCAAACCGGGAACACUGAUGACCUCCGGGCAUCGUUACGAAACAAGAUGCUGCUAUUUCGCACCCUAAAUUUGUCCGAAGAAGUAUCUCUCUGGUACCUACUUAUUGACGAACACCUGCACGGAGAUGUCUCCUCACGUUACAGCGAGACUAACGAUCCGGAAGACCUUAGAGCAGCCAUCACUAUCUGCUGGCAAGUGUUCUUCGAGGAGCCUGAUAAUGCUAAGCAUGAGGGACUUUCGGUGAGACUGCCAUUUAUAUUGCGCACCGGUACUCUACUCUUAUAUGAAAAGUUGGGAAACUGGAGGGAUAUAGAACUAGCAGCCUCAUAUUCGAAGCGGACGCUACCGUUUGUUCCGAUGGAUGUUAAGGACCGAGCAAACCCGCUGCAUGAGUUUGCGGGGCACCUUUUCAAGAAAUAUCAAGUGCAAGAGGAUCCAGAAAUUCUUCGCGUUGGAUUGCCAUUGUCAAGAGACGCUGUUUCUGCGACUCCCGAAGGGAACCCCGAGAUACCUGCCAGGAUAGCUAAUCUCGGGGCCUGGCUACUACGAAGCUACGAAAAAAGGGGCGACACGAAUGAUCUUCUAGCCGCAAUCGAAAAGACAGAACUCGCUAUUAGUCUAUUAUGCAAAGACAACUUGAAUCAACUGAGAUUCCUGACCAACCUUGCGAUUAUGCUAUUUCGACAGUUCGAGAUCUCUAGGGAUGACAAUGAUCCCGACCAGGUGGAACUCAUGGCGUCCUGCGCUGAUAUCGGUGCAGCUUUGCAGAUAGACAGCCUUGCACAUCCACUACUUGGAAUUGAGGGGGCGAGAGCUGCUAUCCGUAUUUUCAAGUUUCUUGGAAAGUUGGAUGAAGCAAACACGCUUGCCCAAAAGGCAUUGCAGUUACUACCUAUGGCCUCCCAUCCAAGUAUCCCACGCCAGGACCAGCAGCACGCCAUCGAACAGAUGUCAAGAAAGAAACUGUCUCGCCUGGAACAGAAGGAGGUGACUUGGGCAAAAACCUUCGACAAGUUACGAUCUAAAGCCGCCCAGCCUAUAGAGACCAUGGAACAGGUCACUUUCAAGGACCGGAUUGUGUCUGAAAUUCAGGACUUUGAUCACGACCAUGCCUUUUACCUUGGGCUAAUCCGGCGCGAACCGGAUUUUGAAGAAUUUCUUAAGUUGCCAAAGUUAGACGACUUGCUUGAGGGAGUCACUGACGGGUCCAUCGUGAUAGUGAAUAUCACUCCCCCGAGCAGUGAUGCUAUCAUAAUCUCAACGUCUGAAAAACGAGUCAGAUCCCUCAACCUACCGAAAGCAACCCCCUCAGGGGAACCUUUUCUGAAUAGGUAUCUGAAGACUUUCAGUCGCAUAAAGAAGCCCCAAGGCUCGGAUAAGCAAGAGAUAGAGAGUGAUGAGGACCCCCACGAUCUGUACGACACACAGUUUCUGAGUUGGCUAUGGACGGCUUGUGUUGAACCUAUCCUCAAGGAAAUUGGAGGGUUGCAGUCAUCGUCGCCAACUCCUCGGAUUUGGUGGAUAGGGACGGGCAUCGCCAGUGGGUUUCCAUUUCACGCAGCAGGAAACUUCGAGGGUGGCACUUUGGAUCAUGCAAUCUCAUCUUAUAUUCCAUCUAUUACGUCUUUGAUGGAAGCAAGAGCUAGAACCAAACCCAGUGAUAACGAUGGGGACAAGACUUCAGUUUUGAUCGUCACGACACCCGGAGAUUCAGAUGGUUGUCAGCGCCCAGAUCUUACAGAAGCGUUUCAACAAAUGGAUGAAACCCUUGGAGAGACUUUCACGGCGGUGACCCUCUCAGAGCCGUCAGUCGAAGAGACAUUGAAAACAAUGGGCAGGUUUGAUGUCAUUCAUCUUGCUUGCGACGGACAAUCUGAUUCUUUCAACCCGUCCCAAAGUUACAUUCAAGUUGGUAGGCACCUGUCAUCGGGCGCUGACGAGGGAAAGCUGACAGCAGAGUUGAUAUCUGAUGACGCAACUUUAGACAAGCCAAAAAUCGCUUUCUUCACAUUACACCCCACAGCAGGGAGCAAGACCAAGUCACCAACCGAUGAAGGGUUAGGCAUAAUCAGCGCAUUCCAACUUGCUGGUUUCAGGCAUGCUCUGGGAUCUCUGUCAAAAGCGGAUGCCGCUUCUCAAGCCUAUGUUGCUAAGAGCUUUUAUCAGGCUCUAGGACAGAACAGCCACCCAGGAGAUCCACUACCAAAAAGGCUGCUUGUGGUUGAAGGAUCUGCAAAUGGUCUCAGGCUUAUUGAGACUCAAGGCGAUGAGCAGCCUUACGUCUGCCUCAGCAAUCGUUGGGGCGAUGGUAAGCACAAAAAGCUCAAAACCACAACAAAGACAAUUCAAAACCACAUGAACAGUAUCAAGUGGAACGACCUACCUGCUACCUUCCAGGAUGCAGUUAAAGUUUGUCGUUCUAUGGAUAUUAGGUAUCUCUGGAUUGAUACUCUAUGCAUCCUGCAAAACUUUGAGGAUAUGACACCUAAUGAGGCCGAGAUCACAAGGCAGGACUUUGCCCUAGAGAACUCCAACAUGGCUGGGACAUACCAGAACUCGCAUUUCACCAUCUCUGCCGACCUUUCAACCCACAUGGAUAGUGGCAUGUUUUCUACUGAGCCUGUCGAUGAUUACAGUGUGGAAGUAACAACUGAUGAUGGGCAACGCACAUUACCAUACGUCAGGCAGUGCUUAAUCGCUCAUUAUACAGAAAGCCCAGAAUUGGAGAGGAGAGGCUGGACCCUUCAAGAGUUUCUACUCCCCCCUCGUGUUCUGCACUUUGGAAAGUAUGAUAUCGAGUGGCGAUGCGAAACUCACUUCGCCUGUGAAUGUGGUGAGAUGGGACUGCGGGAAGGCGGGUCUCGCCUUCCCUGGCACCGACACAAUAACUUCCAGGAAUCAACUAGAACCCUUCCAGAUGACCCACAAGGUAUUUUGGUAUGGUGGGAGGAAGUGGUCAACAACUAUACAAACCGCGACCUGACGAAUGCUACUGAUAAGUUACCUGCACUGUCAGGUCUGGCCCAGAGACGCAAGCAGAUCAGAGACGGUGUCUAUCUAGCAGGGCUUUGGCAGGAUUCACUCCUCCAUGACCUCUGCUGGUACUACAAGAUCAUUCACCAUGAUGCAUCUUUCUGCAAGAGUAGAAGACCUAUACACUACCGUGCGCCCUCGUGGUCUUGGGCCUCGCUCGACGGCAAUGGUAAUUGUUUCUGA